AUGCCAAUCCAAACAGUUACCGUCACCCCGAUCACCGACCCAUCCGACUUCACCGCAUUCUUCACCAUCUCCGCCUCCGCAUUCGGGUCCCAAGCACGCGAUGGAGUCUGGAUGGCCAUGAAUCCCGGCUGGAACACGGCCGAAGGGAAACAGAAGGGAGUCGAACGGUUAAUCCAGCGGUGGUCGUCAACCACGCGCAACCGAACCGGGGACCCGAAUACGGUCUUCCUGAAAGCGACCAUGUCCAGCCCCAGCGCCAACAGCGAAGUCAUCGUCGGCGUUGCGAUCUUGGCGCAGGCGUCUAUGCUCGAUGGGCACGGGGAUGUUCCCCUUGACAUCGACGCCGCGGCGGUUUACCCGGGUGAUCCUACGGAACAGAGGUACCUCCUGCAGCUCGACCGCUCGCUGCAUAGACGGCGGGUUGCGGUGGUCGAGGAGAUCGCAUGCAGUCCCAGUCCUGCGGUGAUGGUGCUGGAUCUGUGUGUCGUUGACCCAGCGUUUCAGAGGAAAGGGGUCGCGACGAAACUGGUGCAGUGGGGUCUUGACGAGGCGAGGAGACGCGGUGGGCUGGAGGCUGUGCUGGAGGCGUCGAGCAUGGGGCGGCAUGUGUAUGGACAGCUUGGGUUUGUGCAGGAUGGGGGGGAGUGCGAGUAUGUUGUUGAUGAACAGUUCAAGGGGAGGGAGCAGCCGUCGAAUAUCUUUAUGCGGACGGGACGGCCGGAGUGA